GUUAAUAAGGGGAUAAUGAUAAGGGGAACCAGAUAUGCGGCCCGAGCGUUCCGUCGUUCAGUCGUUUUGUGGAAAGCUUCAGAAUCGGUGACGAUGUCGAGCGAGUUGGACAUAAGAAGUUACUUUGAGUGCGCCAAGGGCUUAACCUUAAAGGCAGGCGAGAUAUUUAAAUGCGGUUUCGAAGGAGACAAAAUCGUAGAAACUAAGGACUACGACUGGGACCUUGUCACCGAAUAUGAUAAAAAAAUCGAAGCUGUACUGAUAGAAGGUUUAAGAGAAAAAUUUCCAGACCAUGAAUUCAUCGGAGAGGAAACUGUGGCUGACACUAAAGAAACACCAGUGUUAACAGACAAACCUACAUGGAUCAUAGAUCCCAUAGAUGGGACUAUAAAUUAUAUAAAUGGGAAUCCAAAUACCUGUAUUUCCGUGGCUCUAGCAAUUUGCAAGGAACUCGUAAUAGGAAUUAUUUACAAUCCAAUCGUUUCAGAAUUGUACACGGCGAUUAAGGGACAAGGCGCGUUUCUGAACGACAAGCCUAUUAAAACCACGUGCAAUACUGAGCUGAAGAAAUCUGUAAUAGAGGUCGAGUUGUUCUCUCUUCGCAACCGUUCAAGAAACCGGGAUAUCAGAUUAGGAAGAUUUGAAGCUUAUGUCAAUAUUACACGAGGAAUUAGAUUUUUGGGAUCAGCUGCGAUGGGCCUGGCUUAUGUGGCAAGAGGCGCGGUGGAUUGCUUUCAGAUGGAUCCUCUUCAAUCUUGGGACGUAGCGGCAGGAGUGUUGAUUGUUCGUGAAGCAGGUGGCACAGUAAUUGAUACUAAAGAGGACGAAUACAACGUGAUGAAACCAAGGACAAUUGCUGCAGCAAAUGAGACGCUAGCAAUGGAAAUAAAGCAACUGAUCGUUGAUACGGAUCUAAAAACAAUGAGAAAGAGAUUGACCAAGACGUGAUCAAGUUUUAGACACAGAAGAAUCAACUCGAUUAUUAUUACACGUGUUUUAUAUAUUGAGUAUCGUUAUAUUUUUAAUAA